AUGGCUGUCGUCAAAAAACAUGAGAAUGAGAGGAAGCUCCGAACCGCAUUAUAUGAUCUGGGGUCAGUUAACGUGGCCGUCGAGUGUGCUCUGGGACCCAAGACAGUCAGGAUGGAGGAGGAGAAUCGCUGUAUUAGGAUUGCAGCGGUUUCGAGCCCACCUCUUGUGACCGUGGCAGAGGGUGGUCCUCCUUACGUCAUCACAGGCAUAAUGAAGGAGCUGUUUCCGAUGCUCAUGGCUUACCUCAAUCGCUGCUACGAGUGGGUGGUCCCUGAACCGCGACUCUACGGCCACAAACUCCCCAACGGGUCAUGGCAGGGCGUGAUCGGUCUUGUUGCUCGCGGGGAAGCUGACAUAUCUGUCCCGCUCAGCAUCACCACAGAGCGUCUCACAGCCAUCGACUUCACAGAACCGGUUUUCAUUGAUGAAUUCGCCAUUGCCUACAAGCUGCCGAGCCUGAAAUCCGACAUUAAGGGUUUCAUCAAGCCAUUUUCACCCACAGUACGAUCUGUGGCUCGUGAUGCUCUUUGCUGCCAUCUUCGUCUGUGUCUCGACGUGGCUCAUCCUCCGCUCACACGCAGGCCUCGGCCACCGCCUAGCUCAUCGGUGCCUCCGCAUUCCCUCCGCGAUGGCUCCCCAUCCCCAGCUGUCUCCUGGGAGCCUACGGGAUACGCCCCAAGAAUCGUCGGUGGCCUGUGGCUGCUAGUGGCCUUCAUCCUGGGCGUCGUGUACCGGGGCAACCUCAAGGCCAUGCUCAUCCUGCCGAAUCUGGAGCUGCCCUUCAACAACCUGGAGGAACUGGCCGAAUCAGACGCGCCCAUCUGGUCUCCCGGAAGCCACGUAGCCCAUCAGUUGCUCAUGGCGGCCCCGCCACACUCCCUCUACGGCGCUCUGGCGAGGAAGACCUUCGUGGCCCUGGACAUCCCGGCGGGAACCAUCGAGACACUAAAGGGGAAACACGCAGUCUUUGCUCUCAUGUCGGGCUUUACUGCUAUAGUGGACGAUUUUUUCUCAACGGUAAACUUAUAG